AAAUUCAGAUAGCAGCAUCCAUUGUUCCGAGGAAUGCAAUCCUGGCAACUGCUUGUCCAGCUAGAUUGGUUCAGGCCACCAUACCUCGUGAUGCACUGCAUGUGACCACUGACUGCACUCGGCAUUACCGCUCGCGCCGCCUGGUCUCUUUCUCGGUUGAAACGCGAGUCCUUGGAUCUCUCGAAACCGAGCUCGGCUGGAAAUAUUUCCAGCUGGAUUUCUCCAUUUCGAUCUAGUUACUGCUCCUUGGUCAUUCUAUGGCUGCCUGCUUUCGCCUAGUUCCGACUGCUACUUGCCGCCGCCUGGAUCUGCAGAAUCGUGCCGGAGCCACUCUGUUGAGCGGCGCGACAUCCGUUUCGUCUAUUUCUAAGGCAGUCAGCUCAGCGCAGCUCGUCGGCUCCUCUCUGCUCCUCGAUUCCUCGAGCCAAGAGGUUUUUUCGACGCACGCACCCGCGUCGAGGCACUCGAAGAGCGCCGCUUGUGCAGGUCGCUCCAGCCGAAGCCUCGUCUACGCCAUGGCUGCAGUGUUGCCCGAGAACACACCUGUGGUCUCCCCCCAGUGGCUUCACGACAACCUCUCUAAAGUCAAGGUUCUCGACGCCUCGUGGUACAUGCCUGCAGAGAAGCGGCAGCCAUUUGAGGAGUUCCAGCAUGGGAGGAUCCCAGGAGCGAUUUUCUUUGACAUUGACGCCAUUGCUGACCCCACGACGGAUCUCCCCCACAUGCUGCCGACAGAGGCCGCCUUUUCUGCAGCGGCGUCAGCGCUUGGUUUGUCAUCUAGCGACAGCAUAGUGGUGUACGACGGCAAGGGCCUCUUCAGCGCUGCUCGAGCGUGGUGGAUGUUCCGUGCCUUCGGCCAUCCCCGCGUGGCCCUGUUGGACGGCGGACUGCCAGCCUGGCGGGCGGCAGGCUACCCGGUCGACACAGAGCCGUCGGACGGCGCUGCUGGGCGGCACAAGGCAGCGGCUACUGCUAUCAAGGACAGCUACUCUAAAAAGGGUGCGUCCAACCGUCUCCUGACCUUCAACGCCAAGCUGCAGCCCAACCUCAUCCUCUCCGUUGACCAGGUGAAGGCCAAUAUCGAGAAUAAGGUGUAUCAACUCUCUGAUGCUCGCUCCGCUGGCAGGUUCAAGGGUGUAGAUCCCGAGCCAAGAGCAGGAGUGCGAGGAGGAAGCAUCCCAGGAAGCUUCAAUGUCCCCUUUCCCGAGGUUUUGACCCCCCAGGGUCAGUUGAAGCCUGCUUCAGAUCUCACCCAAGUCUUUAAGGGCGCAGGUGUCAACAUAGAGGACUCCAAGCAGCCCCUUGCUGCCUCAUGUGGCACCGGGGUCACUGCCUGCGUGCUCGCACUGGCUCUGGCGCGCAUUGGGCGGUGGGACGUGCCGGUGUAUGAUGGUUCCUGGACCGAAUGGGGCAGUCUGCAGGACACACCCGUUGUCAAGGCGGAGUAACGGCAAGACAUGACACGACACACCUGCUGGUUACCAUCUAAAAAACCACCAAAUGGGGCAGCCUGCAGGACGCACUCCUUGUCAAAGCGAAGUGAUGAGUCGAUCCUUAACGUGACGUGGCAUGGCAAGCCUGUCUCAGAGUACAUGCAGCCUGUUGUCAGCUUAUACAUGGGAGUUGUAAUUAGGUCGUGAAGUAGGGCACCUACUACCUACCAGUACCUACCAGUUCCUACCAGUACCUACCAGUACCUACCACCUACCGUGCCCUUAUAUUGGUUCAGUUGGUCUCCGCAAUUGAACCACCGCUUUCUACACUAGGUGAAGGGAAAGAACAUACCGUAUUUGAGUAUGUGAUACUCAAGCAGUACAAAAAGGUACCCCCUUACUGUAUGUUCCCCCUGUCAAACAUGUGUAUUUGUCAUGUUUGUAUAGACUGUAUAGAGUCACCUCUUAGAGGAUACAAAACUUAGAUAUAUUUGUGUGUACUCUCUCUUUACUAUCAUUCAA